AUGCAAACCAACAAACCCUCAAAGAUGGAGAAGCAGCAGCCUGCGAAGAAACGCGCCCCACGACGAAAGAAUGGUCAAAAUAGUUCUCUCACCGAGCCGAUGAUCCGACAUACUACUGAAAAUUACCAGUUAUGGCACCAGGACUUGGCCUCGGUGGACCAUUCGAAAAGUGAACAAAGCACAUCUAGGACAGAUGGUGAACUCCUCGAAAUUUUGAAGGCUGGCAUGAACAGACCUCUGCGAAAUCCACUUCCGAUGAUGGGGAAGGAACUAAUAACACAAUCCAUGGUUCAAUUACUAGAAGACAGUUCCUCGGAUUCACAACGAGAUAUUCAUUACUAUUCUACUUCCUCUGACCUGGGCUAUCACAGCGGCAAUUUGACACAAUUUGCCCAUAUCAGCGAGUUUAUCAAAGUAGAGGAUGGAAAGGUCACAAGAAUCAAAGACGCCAAUGGAAUCACAACACCACCUAUUACCAUCUGCAACUCAACCUACGGUCCUCUCAAUAAGAAUUUUACAACGGGCACUUACACGAUGUACACGAAAACGGUCUUCAGUGGUACACUUAAAUGGAAUUUGAAGCACGUAAAGGGAAUGAGAAUUGAGGAUAUGAUGGUCGAAGGUGUAUAUCCUUUGACCUAUGGAGUCGGAAUCAAAAUUGAGGACGUGGUUGUCAAGGGUGUACCUGCUAAAGGCAUGAUAUUCUAUGAGAGAUCUCUGCCGACCACUUUAAAGGGGGAGCCUCGUUGGACCGAUAUCCAGGAUCUAUUGAGAUUACAAGCUGCAGAGUGGAAUGUGUAUAUCAAGAUCCAAAUGCCGCAAGAGCAUCAGCAGAAAAUUUCGAAGGGGCAGAAGACAAUACCAGAACAGUGGGAGACAGCAUUGGCACAACGAAAGACAUUGUCAGAGCAGCAGAAGGCAACACAAGGAGAAGAGCUGAAGUGCCAGCAACCACUCUAUCUUCCAUCGGGUACAUUAUCUCCCAGCCCUAGAUCUUCCAAUUCUCCAAAACAACACAGCAACAGUUCAAACACGUCGGUGAAUACUGAGCAAAUAGUUGUUUCCCCUUCAGGAGCACGAUUACCUGAACCUCUGGAAGAUCCACGACCUGCCAAACGACUAAGAAUGGGAGCUUAUAAUGAUUUGCCACAUGGAGGCACUGCUAUGGAGAGAGCACCUUCGCAUUAUCUUGCGAAAGAGCAAGAUUACUUCCAAAUCAGCAAGGUAGGCUCCAAUACUGACGGCCACAAUAAAUCUCCAGCAACCGGCCGCCUUCCACCCAGCACUUCUUACCAGGUCGGUACUUUACAAACGGCACCUAUGACUCCACCAGGUAUCAAUACACGUGUGGUGAAUUAUCACGGCACAUUAACUACUGAGUCGCAAUUAACCAAAGCUCGAGAGGGAGUGCUAGAAGUCGUGCGGCAGAGUUUAUCUUUUCCAGGAAGUCAAACCUUGGACCCAACUCGUCGCAAUGGUCCAAUGACAGGGGGGCAUAUACCGGUAACAAAUGCAGAUAUACAACAUGAACAGUUCCGCCAAUCCCUGGGCCAUAUGGCGACCGAUGCAACAUCUGAAACAUGA